AUGAGUAUUAACCCCAAACCCACCUCAUAGCAUAGCGCUAUGGUAGGACCAUGGUCUGUUGCGCCAUGUAGUUUAGGUUGCAACAUUGUUAAGGUUAACGUUGAUUCAUACGGGCUUUGCUUAUAACUACAUAACACGUUAUAAGACAAGUUUUAACAUCACAGAUACUUAUGAGUUAUGAGUACCAUAAUGACCGGUGAGCCUUGAUUUUUGCCUACAUCAUUCGAAAAUACAUCUUUCUUUUGAAUGAGAGAGUUCAAGAGAUUGAUGAUCGGAAGCAUGCUAGAAUGUCUCGGUGGAGGAGGGGGAAAACUAACGAAGGUUAAGCCUGGCCUCAUGUUUCUCCUCCGGCUCGCCUGGGACUGUCGAACACGACUUCCACUUCUUAUCAUGUCUGGCUUUCUUGCCAUGGGUGUCCGGAUCCAGAUGGAAAUAAACAUCGACCGUGCCACUCGUUACAUGCCCAGGCUCAGGCUUGAAGACGAAGCAUUCCCACUUUCCGAUGAAGAGGAAAUUGAGGAUGAUGAGGAGUAUGAUUCUGAAUGGACAACAGACGCUCCUUACGACUCGGAAGAAUAUGACCUUUAUGAUUUCGAAGAAAGUCUCUCAUCUUGACCUGUUCGUGGAUGCAUAGUUUAUUCAGUGAAGUUAGACUAAUUUCAUGUAUCUUGAAAUUAUCCUUCACAAACAUUGCACUCUCUUUGAUUUGUAUUGCAUAUGAACAAAACUGAGUAGCCGACAACUCUUGCGAUAAAGUUAUUUGUUAAAUUUCUGCUCAAUUGACACUUUUUCUCUUCCAGUGAUUAAAAAUAUAUAUUCUAUUUAUUGUAUAGUUUA